AUCCUAAUAACAGAAGGUAGAGUAAUGCCAACCAGUUACCUUUCAUUCGGUGGACUUUAGCGAUUAAAAAUACGUUUCUUUGUCUAUGUUAUGGAAUACUGGCGGUGUUUAUGUAAUUAUUUACCCGUAGUCCGUUAGCUGUGGAAGUGUAUGCUGCGUGUAACGUAGUCAGCUAGCAACAGCAACAGCAACAAACCAUCUCGUUUCUGUCAAAGUUUAGCUAACGUUAUUGGUUUUAUUUAAACGCGUUCCUUAUAAAAUAAGGCGAAAUUAAAUAAGCAUAUAUUCUCGCUGUUCUCUAGUUUCGUCCACCGAGGUGGGAUGUUUAGAAACGAGUUUACGUCGCAAUAACAUAGUUACCGCAGUUAACUUUAUGAUGUAAAAUGCGAAAUCUUUGAAACCUUUCUGCCAUCGUGUUAAAUUUCUGUUAUUUAUGACACAAGAAGCUAAUACCAAAUUACCACCGUUUUCAGUACUAACAAUGCAAGUGACUAUAAUGUUUUGGUAGGACCUACAUUUCUAAUAUUUAGUUACUUUUGUAAAGAAUAAGUUAAUUUUAAGAAGCUUGGUUGAGAGUGAAGAUAAGCGAGCAGCGGUUUAUGUUCUGGUUAUAUUUUUGGAAGGAUUGGCUGUGUGAAGCAAACUGAGAAUGGCAUCACCAAAAACACUUCAGCCUGUCCUGAAGAUGAAGGUCGACGAGCUCUUCCUCUUUUGGUUGAGUGAGCCAAGUACUCAGGCAAUGCUAAAAGUCUACCUCGACAAAAUCAAGAAUGGAGAAGAAAUAGAGCUAAGCCAUGCUGAUUUCAAGGGCACGAGCACUUUGCUAUUAGCAGAAAACAACAACAACAACAUUGCCUCAAAGAUUAAUGCGACAGAGAGAAUGACUGCGGCCCUUGGUGCCCCAUGCAGCCCUCCUUCAGCCACCCUGCCAUCUGCGAGUGGCAGCAAUAACAGAGCGGGAGUGAAUGCGAGGGCCCUGCGACGCUCUGUCAGCACUAAAAAGCAGGCGCAGGCUAAGAAAGAGGAGCCCGUUACACCAGCUUUAAGUGAAAGCAUUCCAAAGUUCUACUUCCCUCGAGGACAGCCCCAGGCCAAUAUCAACAUAGACAAUCUUAUUUCCAAGAUAGAAAAAAUAUUUUCUCAAUUUCCUGAUGAAAGAGUCACUUUAAAAGACAUGGGUCUAGUCGCCAAGGCCUGCGAGUGCCCACUCUAUUGGAAAGCUCCAUUGUUCCAUGCUGCCGGAGGAGACAGGAGGGGAUAUGUGUCCGUUCACAAGUUUGUGGCAAUGUGGCGAAAAGUGCUUCAGACCUGUCAUGAUGACGCAUCCAAAUUUCUUCACCUUCUGGCCAAGCCUGGCUGCAAUUAUUUGGAACAAGAGGACUUUAUUCCAUUCCUGCAGGAUGUGGUGGAUUCACAUACAGGUCUGGCAUUUCUAAAGGAGGCUUCAGACUUUCACUCACGCUACAUUACCACUGUAGUCCAAAGGAUAUUUUAUAAUGUAAACCGCUCAUGGACUGGAAAAAUAACAUGUUCCGAACUCAGGAGAAGUAGUUUUCUACAGAAUGUGGCACUUCUUGAAGAAGAGGAAGAGAUUAACCAGUUGACAGAGUUCUUCUCUUAUGAACAUUUCUAUGUGAUCUACUGUAAGUUCUGGGAGCUGGACACGGAUCAUGACUUGUACAUAGACCAGAGAGACCUGAUGCGACAUAAUGAUCAAGCCAUAUCCCACCGAAUGACUGGGAGAUUAUUCUCAGGAGCUGUAACCAGGGACAGAAAAGUUCACAAAGAGGGCAGACUGAGCUACGCCGACUUCGUGUGGUUCCUCAUAUCUGAGGAAGACAAAAAGACAGAGACCAGCAUCGAGUACUGGUUUCGCUGUAUGGAUCUGGAUGGGGAUGGAGUUCUGUCCAUGUAUGAGCUGGAGUACUUCUACCAGGAGCAGUCUCAGAAGCUUGAGGCCUUGGCCAUUGAACCACUGCCUUUCGAGGACUGCCUGUGCCAAAUGUUAGAUAUGGUUAAGCCAGAAAUCCCAGGAAAAAUCUCUCUCAGGGACUUGAAGAGAUGUAAACUUUCCCAUAUUUUCUUUGACACCUUCUUCAACGUUGAGAAGUACCUAGACCACGAACAGAGGGACCCCUUACUGGCUGCAAGGGAUGCUGAGACGGUGGGACAGGAGAUUUCUGACUGGGAGAGAUAUGCUGCAGAAGAGUAUGAUAACUUGGUAGCUGAGGAAACUGCGAACGAGCCGUACAACGAUUGCUAUGACAAUGUUCUACACCCAAUUGAUCACAUUACAUGUGCUUUUGACCUGGGGAAUGAGAAGAGACCUCUCUUUGAGAUCCCCAACCCUCACUGUGACCUGGAUGAAUACGAAUACGUGGAUGAUUUUGAAUGACAGCCACCACCACACAACACAAGUAAGGCCACCAUCUGCUAGCGUGUAGAACAGGACGUGGACCAAUCCUGCUCUCCUGGGUCAGCUAACCAAGGCUUGAGAGUGUACAGCCACUGGAUACCAGACAGUAAGCCAGCAGUCUGACAAGGAUCUGUUUAGCAAGACAGAUUGUGCUGGUCCAGUCUAUCGGUCAGUCUGACAUCAAUGCACAACCAGCUUUCUGAAAAACAUGUAGCUGCACUGUAGGUUUUAAGCAACUACACUACUCUGGAACCAAACCGGUACACUUGAGAUAUUGAAUAUGCACUAAGUUGAUAAAUAUUUAAAUAUUUUUUAUGCACAUUAUUGGCCAAUAAGACAUUCCAGAGAUUCACCAAAGUGAUUUCAGCUUGAUUUCAUGUAUGGCUUAUUUCUCGUGGAGCUCUGUCGACUUGCCUUAUGUGUUUGAGGGUCACAUUGAUAUGAAAUAAUGCAGUUAUUAGACUCGGACAUUUUACUGUCUGUGUGAGAAGUGUUUCUAAAUUAUUAUGUAUUUAUAUGUAUUUGUAAAUAUUUGUUUGCCUCGUUUGUUCUAAACCUUUAGGCUUUAGUCCAGCUAAAUGUUUUCAACAAAUCAUGCUUGUAUUAUUUCUAUAGAAGUGCUUCUUAACAAUGUGCUUUUAUUAUUGUAAAGAGUUCAAUAAAGUAUUAAGACAAAAGUAA